AAACCUUUGUUGACAUUUUUUUUUAUCAAAACGUUAAAAAACUUUGCUGACUUUUUUGUUACACUUUUUUCUCUCUCUAAUCAAAAUUGCGUGUGUAUGUGUGAGAGAGAGAGGAUGGUGAACAUGAUGGAAUUUCAGAAACAAGUGCAGAAUGGGAAUGUUGAUCCGAUGUAUGUGAAGGUUAUGACUGAUGAUCAAUUGGAAACUCUGAGGAAACAAAUUGCUGUUUAUGCUACCAUUUGUGAACAACUUGUUGAGAUGCACAAAACACUCUCAACUCAACACGAUCUUGCUGGAGUUAGGCUGGGAAAUAUAUACUGUGACUCAUUGAUGGCAUCUGGUCACAAAAUCACAUCCAGACAGCGGUGGACUCCUACGCCGGUUCAGCUCCAGAUUCUCGAACGUAUGUUCGAUCAAGGAAACGGAACUCCAAGCAAAGAGAAAAUCAAGGAGAUUGCUGCUGAAUUAGGCCAACAUGGCCAAAUUUCCGAAACAAAUGUUUAUAAUUGGUUCCAAAAUAGGCGUGCUCGAUCGAAAAGAAAACUGCAAAAUGGAGCACCUAGUAGUAACAAUACUGAAUCAGAGGUAGAGACUGAGGUUGAUUCCAAGGAUAAGAAAACAACAAAACCUGAGGAAUUUCAGUCUCAACGUAAUGUUGUUAUAGGAGCUGAAAAUGUGAGUUUUCAGAACCCUGAAAAAUGCUCUGAGUUGCAGUACUUGAAUCCAGAUUCUAACAAAACAUAUUCCAUGUUUUCUUCGGAUGGAAAUGCAAGAUCUACUAGAAAUUUGGGUGGCAGUGUGUCUGUUUUUGAUGAAGUGCUAUCAAACUCAAGAAAUGACUAUCUAGCUGGAAAAAUGGAAGUAUCUGGGAGUUACAAUUUUUACCAGCAAGCAGAAGACUAUAAUUUGGCAGGUUGACAUUUGGUGCAACCUCUAUCAAAUGUGACUAGCUGAGUGGAGUGUGUUGCUUGGGCUUAUGUUCAUGUAAAAUCAAAUUGAAUCAAUCAAAACUAGUUAUAUAGCUAGCCACUGCUUUAGAUAUUUACUGGAAAUAUGUCCUUGAGAAUGGAAAUAUUAAAUGAUAUUACUCCAUAUUUUGAAGCUUGUUUCUUGGUUGUAUAUUUUCACUAUUUUCUUUAUAUAAUAAUUAAUCAGAGUUUUGCAAUCCUCACACUAAA